AUGAAAUGUGGCAAUGUAAAUGUGCGGAACGCAUUGGAAUGCAAUUUAAAAAAAAAAAUAAAAGAAAAGACCAGAUUAACAGAUCACGAAAUUGUAAUAAUAUAUAAAAGAUUUUAUUCAAUAUGUCCCAAUGGUCAAUUAAAUUAUAAAGAGUUUGAAAAAAGUUUAGGAAUUCUUGGAACAAUUAAAGAUGCUUAUCUAUAUAAAUGUAUUUUUAAAGCUUUUGAUUUAAACAAUGAUGGGUAUAUUGAUAUUUACGAAUUUUGUGUAGCAAUAAAUAUUAUGUUAAAAGGAAGUAAACGUGAUAAGUUGAAAUUGUCUUAUCGAAUAAUUUUAUCAGGUGCGUCAGUCAAAUUGGAGGGCUCAAAAGAGGGUGAAAAUGGGAAAGAUGAUAAAGAAGAUAAGAACUACUCGGAGUAUAUAACUUAUGAAGACUUUGAACGUAUUAUUCUAAGCAUUAAAGAUAUAAAAAAGCAAUUGCUAGGAGCUGAAGAAGAAAUAGUAAUAAGCCAUGUCAAAUAUACUUUUAAAUCUUUGAGUAUAUUAUGUGAUGAUGGGAAAUAUAGAAUGGAUUUAAAAUGUUAUAAAAGAGCAAUGAAGUGUCAUGAAUUUUUGAAAUUUAUUGGGAUCCAUACAAAAGUUGCAGAUACCUUUAUAAAAAAUAAUGAAUUAAUUAUAAAAAAAAAAAAACAAAAACAAAAAAAAUAUAAAAAUGAUUCUGGAAAAAAAGUAUUGAGUCAUUUAAAAAAAUCUUAUUCUGAAUCUACGAGUACAAGAUUAUCUCUUUUAAGGGGUACUACAAGUUUGUUUAUAAAAAAAAAAAAACAAAAAAAAAAAAAAAAUUAUGAUAAAAAAUUAGCUAGCUUAUAUUCUUUUCAAGGGAAAGAAGAUCAUAAUGGAAGUAAAAUAAGUAUGUUUGAAAAUAAGAGUAAUAAUUUGGGGACUAGUAUGGAUAGAAAUUAUAGUAACACUUUUAAAACACAUGACAUUUUAUUAAAUUCAAAUGAUGAGAGUUCUUAUUUACACAAUAUUUCUACAAAGUACAAUUCAACAUUUUAUAAAAAUGAAGAAAAGAAUGAGGAUAGUGGUAGACUGUUUGAAUGUGGAUUGAAUGAUAAAGAUGGGGAUCAAACAAAACCGAAUGAAACAACAGAUAAAAAAGGUGGACAAAUUGGAAAGGAUUUAAAAAGUUUAGGGAAGCAUAUUGCAGAAAAUGUUGGGAUCCCAUCAGAUAAAAUGUAUUCCGCUCUAUACAAAGAAAAUGAAAUGAACCAUGCUAAAAAUAAUGAGCAAUGGAAGAGAGAGGAGUUGAAAAGUUAUACACAUUCAAACAGUGAAAUACCAAAGACUGCUCAAUCUUUUGUAAAUAAUAAUUAUAAUAAUUUAUUUCAAAAUGAUAAAGAGGAAGAAAAUAAAAUGGAUAAUGAUAAAGGGGAAUCCAAAUUUAUUGAUUUGAAAUCCAAAAUAUUUGAUUUUGAAAAAAAAAAAGACAAUAAAAAGUAUAUUGAUAUGUGUAAUAAAUAUAUAAAUAAAUAUAAAGAAUAUGUAAAAAAGGUAGAAGAAAAAGAAGUAAUUGAAAAUAUAAACGAUGGUGAUAAAGCAAAGAUUGAAAAUAAUAAUGAAGAGAAAUAUUAUGAGCAAACUAAUAAAUGGGAUUAUUUUGAUAGUAUAGAUUCAGAAAAUAAUAGUAGUGUAUAUGAUAAUGAUAAAGAGGAAGGUAUUGAUGCGGGAAGUAUUGCAAGUAGUGGUAGUAGUGACAGUAGAAUAAGUGACAAGGGUGAUGGAAUGGUAGAACUUAUUGAAAAUCAAGGAAGUAAAAGUGAUGGAUAUUUAUCUCAAGAAAGUAAUCCAAAAGACGAAAAUAAUUCUGGAAAAUAUUUACUUGAAAAAUAUAUACAAUAUCAAAAUUUUGUAAAAGAAAAUGAAGAUAUAAAACUUUUAAUAAAUAGAACAAAUAAAGAUACAAAAAAUUUAGAAUUAAGCCAAGAUAUUUUAGAUAAAAAAUUUUUUAUUCCAGGUACUAAAUCACAACAUUUUGUAAUUAAUAAUAAUCUGACAAAAGAUGAACUUUUAUAUCAUAUUAGAAAAAUAUUAAUAAAUGUAGAAGAAUGUUUAAAGAAUGAUAAGGAUAGUAAAAAUGAAAAUUAUGAUAAAAUAUUUUUUAUGUUUUUUUACAUUUUUAUAUAUAAUAAUACUAAUGAAGAAGAUGUAAAACCUAACACUAUAGAACAUAAGCAUGUAAAUUCACGAGAUAAACGUAUAAAAAAAUAUAAAAGUAUCUUACUAGCUGUUUCUAUAAUUAGAUAUUUUUUACAUACAAUCACAAUUUCCCAAAAAUAUUAUUGCUCGUCAUAUGAUUCCAUCGACGAUUAUAAUAAUAAUAAUAGAGGUACAAAUAAUGUAUCAAAUUCAAACAAUGAAAUAAAUAUUAUUUUAAAUCAAACUAGUGAGAUGCUAGGAAAAUAUGCUAAAGGGAAAUUUCAAAAUAAAAAAAUUUAUAUUAAUAAAUCUAAUUAUUAUAACUCUUCGAAAAAAAGAAAAUUAUCUGUAUCAAUACGUCAUAAAAAAAAAAAAAAAUCUCCAAAACUUUUUGCAGUAUAUUUUGGUCAUGAAAGAUGGGAUUUAGUUAUGAAUAUGAUGAUAGGUAUACGUAUAUGUGCGAUAAAAAAAUUUAAUAUUGAUAAUAUAUUAAAUUAUUAUCGACAUACUGAUGUUAUACAACUAUCUACUUCAAGCCCAUAUCAAAAAGUUUUAUUUAAAAAUUAUUCACCAAUUAUAUUUAAAAAUAUUCGAAAAUUCUUUGGUAUAAAAUCUAGAGAAUAUAUAACAUCAGUGGGACCUGAACAAGUCAUAAGUAAUAUGGUUUUAGGGAACCUUUCAACUCUCAGUGAGCUUUUAUCUGAGGGAAAGAGUGGUUCUCUCUUUUACUUCACCAGUAAUGGGAAGUACAUAAUUAAAACGGUAAACAAGGGAAUCCAUAAAUUGUCAAAAAAACUUCUUCCACGAUACUACAAGUACAUCCAGAAAAACCCAGACUCUCUUUUAACUCGUAUGUACGGAAUUCACAGCAUAAAAUACCAGAACAGCGCAUCGAAAACGAUAAAAAAGAUAUACUUCAUCGUAAUGAAUAACUUUUUUUCAUCUGCGGUUGAAAUACAUAGAAGAUAUGACAUAAAGGGAAGUUUAAUUGGGAGAACAGUACCUCCUGAAAAAAGAGAAGAUCAUACGAUAGCAUUGAAAGAUGCUGAUAUUGAUGAAUUAGGGGAUAUUAUAAAUAUAGGACCUGAAUAUAAAGAAAAAUUGUUAAACAUUUUAAAGUCCGAUGCAAAUUUUCUAAAAGAAAAUUUGCUUUUAGAUUAUUCUUUAUUGUUUGGUAUACAUUAUAAAGAACUGUCACGAGAUGUUGUAUGUUGGGACAAAAAAAAAACAAAUGAAAUUCGUCAUGUUUAUGAUGAGUUUGGAUUGUGUGUAGCAGCAAAGCCAUUUCAUCAGUGGGACCAUGGAGGCAUGAUCAAUAUCGACAAUAACCGGAUUUUCUUUUUUGGAAUAAUUGAUAUUUUUACAAAGUGGAACUUGAAAAAAAAAGUGGAACAUACCCUUAGAACGAUACAAAAAUUUGAUAGAAAGAAUAUUUCCUGCAUUCCACCAAAGGCCUAUGCAAAACGAUUUGUAACGUUUAUAGAAAAACAUAUGGAAUGA